CCCUAAACCAAACCCUGACACACCUCCCCCACCAUCGCCUAUCACCACCGAACAACACAAUAAUGAGUGAUCAGCCUGACGCCGCCGCCGAGAAGGAGCUCCGUCUGAAGGAAGCCGUCGAACAGGCCGCGCUCCCGUACGCGUGGAAACAGACCAUCGCCGAUGUCGACAUCUCUGUUCCCGUCCCUGUCGGCACCCGCGGACGCGACCUCACCGUUGUGAUUUCGUCCAAAAAGAUUAAGGUUGGGCUCAAGGGGCAGGAGCCAAUCAUGGAGGGUGAUCUCCCCAGUGCGAUCCGCGUCGACGAAUCCACCUGGUCCCUCGAAGACCAAAAGCUUGUCGAAAUCCACCUGGAGAAGGUCAACGCGAUGGAGUGGUGGCCGCACGUGCUCACACACCACCCCAAGAUCGAUACCACCAAGAUCUCACCGGAGAACUCGAAGCUCAGUGAUCUCGACGGCGAGACGCGCGCGAUGGUGGAGAAGAUGAUGUUUGACCAGCGACAGAAGGAGAUGGGCAAGCCUACCAGCGACGAGCAGAAGAAGCUGGAUAUGUUCAAGAAGUUCCAGGAACAGCAUCCCGAGAUGGACUUUUCGAAUGCCAAGUUGGGUUGAGGGGGGCAGUGCGGGGCUGAGAGAUAGAGACGUCAAUCAAAUCAAGAUUACCCAGUGCUUGACCUCGCAUCAAGCUCAUGUCAUGUGCAAGAAACCACGGGAUAUCACUCUGUGGUGCUGCAAUGCCUUCCCAUAAUGGAUAUAUCACCGGAGAA